UUGAAGGAGAUGGAGAGCAAGCUGAAUGACAUGAGGAAGAGAUCUCUCACAUCCACCCGGUCACUGCCAACCAUGGGUUCCACGGGAGAGAUCGAGAGAGAACCGAGCCAGGACAGUCUCCAGAUGGCAGACGACGACGACGGUUGCCACGACGACCACGUCAACAACGACGCGGUUGCCGAGGACGACGACGAUGCUGAGAUCAUGAUCAACUUUCCGCGCGCGACGCUCGACCUAUCGGAAAUGUCGCCCGCGUCGGUGUCGCCAUCUGUUGGCGGCGGCCGGCGUGACAGGAACGACGAGCACCUGCACAACCUUAGGAACCAG